CCCUUGAUGAAGAAGCCACAGAAAGAGUGAGAGUGGAGGGCUGAUUUCUCUCCCCCCAGUACUGUCCCCUGCCAGGUUUCCUGCCCUCUUCACUGGACUUCAUCUCCGUACCUCCAGCAGGGACCCCCAGCACAGGGCAGAUCCUCUCACAGCUGCCAUGGCCAGCAGCAGAGAUUUGGACAGCGAGCAAGUGGUGCCCAGUGAGGAGGAUGAGGGACCAGACGUGAAAGCCGUGCAGGCCCACUACCUCCGCAGCCCCUCACCCAGCCGGUAUUCAGUGAUGUCGGAUGCUGAUACAGAGAGCAUCUUCAUGGAGCCAAUCCAUCUGUCAUCUGCUGUGGCUGCCAAGCAGAUAAUCAAUGAAGAACUGAAGACAAAGGAUGCCAAUGUAGACUCAGCAUGUCCCAGGAUGUUAGAGUCUGCACGGCAGCUGAUGGUGGAAGAUCUGUACAACCGAGUUAAGCAAAAGAUUGAUGACACCAGCUUGUUUAACACACCAUGUGUGAUGGAUUUGCAGAGGGCACUUGUCAAGGACAGGCUAGAGACCCCCAGGGAUGCUGUGGAUGAAGUCUGGCCUAAUGUCUUCAUAGCAGAAAAAAGUGUUGCAGUGAACAAAAGCCGUUUGAAAAGAUUGGGGAUCACACAUGUCUUGAAUGCAGCUCAUGGUACAGGUGUAUACACAGGCCCAGCUUUCUACAACGGUCUGAAUAUCCAGUACCUGGGCAUCGAAGUGGAUGAUUUUCCAGACAUGGAUAUCUCCAAACACUUUCGCCCAGCUGCAGAGUUCCUUGAUGAAGCACUGCUGACUUACAGGGGCAAAAUCCUUGUCAACAGUGAAAUGGGGAUCAGUCGCUCAGCUGUGCUGGUGGCUGCUUACCUGAUGAUCUACCACCACAUGACUGUUUUGGAGGCUCUGAUGACUCUGAGAAAGAAGCGUGCCAUUUACCCCAAUGAUGGCUUUCUGAAACAGCUAAGGGAUCUCAAUGAGCAAUUGUUGGAAGAGCGAGAGCUGGAGCAUACUGGAAGUGAAGAAAUCACUCCUAGUCAAAGUCCUGUUGUCAGUGCAGGGACUUCUUCCCAGCCAUCUGGAGCUGGGGACUCAGAAAGUGUCAUGGGAGCCAAAGCCCACUCCAUCACAGUAGAAGAAGAGGACACCACCAGCCUGCUGGGUAGUUUAAUGAGCUCUUCAUCAGUGGAAAAAACUAGCUGGGUUUCCAAACACUCCACCCUCAUCAGUGAGGAGGAAGAGGAACACUUGUAUGAGGAAUGGAGGAAGAAACAAGGCCUGCCUACAAAGGAACCCGGAGUUAACCAUGGUAGAAGAACAUCACCAAAGUUUCUGGAUCAGGAAGGGGAACAAUCUGAGGAGGAUGUGGAACAGAGGAUCCAUGACUGGCAGUGCAGAAAUGAGAAAUAUCAAAUUGAGAGUCCACCUAGAGAGGAGUACAGAGAUGCCAGCAUGGGAGGAAAACCUUACCCACCAGGUGAAUUUCAUGAUGUUGAGAGUGUGAGCAGUUUUGAGAUCCGAACCCUAAGACAACAGCUGGAAGCCAGUAGCUUAAGCAGGAUGAGGAGGAGCCGCACAGGCUCUAUGUCUUCAGAGAGCACCUGGGACAUGUGGAACCAGAGGCUUCUGGAGAUUGAGAAGGAAGCUGCUCGAAGGUAUCAUUCUAAGAAUAAAAACUGUGGGAAGAGACAACCCCCAGAAACAGGAGAGGACAGGGAUGUGGAUGAGGAGAGUGUGCUUUCAGACAGUAGCUCCUUUUACAAUUUCUGCCAAAAGAAGAAAGACAAAUUGACUCCUCUGGAAAGGUGGAAGAUCAAGAGGAUUCAGUUUGGCUUUCACAAGAAGGAUUUAGAACCAUCAUCAUCUGGUGCACCAUCUCCAGCAGAAGAUGGCAGCCAUGCAGGUAUAGAGGGGACAGAAGGAAAGAGUUUGUCAGAUAUUAACCUGACUGCCUACCAAGCUUGGAAAAUGAAGCGCCAGAAGAAGGUGGGCAGUGAAAGCAAGGAGGAAUUUGUGGAAUUCGCCAAAAGCGAGGAUUCUGCAUCAGCUAAAAAGAAGCAGAGGCGUGUAGAGCUCCUUGAACGUACAAAGAAGAUCUUAGCAGAAAGCCAGUCCAUGUGUAGCUGGGAGACAGACAGUACGAUGAGUGGGAGUAUCCCACUGUCAGCUUUCUGGGCCUCAGAACCUUCUGCAGGCGGUGCCGAGGAUGCAGCUUCUGCACUGAGCAUGCAGACAAAUCAUUCAUCUUUAUCACAGACCAGGAGCAAUACAGGGGCAAUGCAGCCUCAGAUGCCAAGUAUAACCCUUCCCAACCUCCCAGUCGGCCCAGGUGAUACAAUAUCCAUGGCAAGCAUUCAGAACUGGAUCGCUAACGUGGUCAGUGAAACCAUUGCUCAGAAGCAAAAUGAGAUCAUGAUGCUGUCCCGUCCAUCAUCUGCAAUGGCCUCCAUAAUGUCAGGAGACCUUGGCAGGGGUGUAGAUGAUGAUAAAGUUUAUCCUCUUUGUGCUCGAAGUAACUCAUCUCUUGCUACCUCUCAGCUUCGCCAGCAGGACAUGCACAAGACUGAGUCUCAGCCUGUCCUGUCUUGCAAUACCUCAGCAAAUGCAAGGACAGAAAGGACUGGUUCAAACAUGAAGACAACACAGACAAGCAAGCCACUGUACAGCCUCUUUGCUGAUGAGGUUGAUUUAAAGAAAAUCAGGAGGAAGGAGAAGGAGAUGCAAAUGGAAAUGAGAGAGAAAAUGACAGAUUACCAAACUGAAAAGGUGAUCAGAGACAAUAAACGGAGCACUUCAUUUAAAAAAAAGACAACCAAAGGAGAGGGCAAGGAAAUAGAAGAUGACAGAGAGAGUACAACAAACAGCCACAGGCACCCCUUGCAAGCACAUGUUGAAGCAACUGACAGAAUCUUUGAUCUAUUCAGUCAACCUGCAAACACAGGUGUACCGAAGUCAGAGACAGAGACUGAUAUUACCAAGUGGCUCAGCAGCCUGAAAGCAGAAAGAGAGCCAUCAUCAUUUUAUGGUCAAAGCAAGAAGGCUAGAGAGAAAUACAGCAGAUCAUCCACAGUUAGAGAGAUGGAUUCUGAAACAUCCAGUUACAGAAUCUCCAGAUCCCAAAGAGAAGAGCUGGACAGCUCUUCUUCCUACGAGUCAAAAGGAGAUUCACUGAGAACCAUGUCAAGAUUUUCCUCUGCUUCUGCAAAAGAGGACAAGAAUAUGUAUAAGUUCUCAAGGUCAAGGAUCAGUGAGACAAGUUCCAGAGAAAAUUGCCCAGAGCUCCGUGUUUUCAGACAAACACUUGAACCAUCCUUUGACUCUGAAUUCCCUGAACCACCUACACAGAGUAGAGUUAGAUAUCAUGUGGAGGCAUGUGAAGAGGAAGCCACGUCAGACAUGUCAGAAUUUGGAGCUAAGAGAAAGUUCAGGCAGAGCUUUUCAAAGUCUGAAGAGGAUGGAAAGGAGGCAAAAGUGGAACAAAGUGAAGAAAGAUUUGCAUCUAGACAGUUCUCACAGUACAGGCGAACCAUGCGUGAAGAAGAGGAAGAAGAGAUGGAUGAUGAUGCCAUUAUUGCUGCUUGGAGAAACCGACUAGAAGAAACUACAGCAAAGCUUCAGCAGCGAAGGGAAGAGUGACCAAGAUGAGAUUACAGAAACACAAGCAGAGCCACAGAGUCUCUGAAUCACUCAUCAUUAUAUUUCUGAUAAUCCUUUGUGGUUUGUAGGGCAUUUCUUGCAGAUAGUUCUAUUCUUAAUCAAAAGCGAUAAAGGGAAGAGGUCAAGUUUUGGAAGUAUUUGUGGUUUGUCAGAAAGAAGAUGCUAGUGUUAAAUGAUCCAUGUAGGUAGGAGCACAAUGUUAGAAGCUGUUAGGAGACAGACGAUGUUUCAGUAGCAAAAGCACCUCAAGUAAAAAGACCAAUCACAUCCCAUUUUGGUUAUUUCAAUUUCCUAGUCUCGUUAAAGAGUGGACAUAUUUUUUCUAGGAUCUUUUUGAUCAUAAAUGGAAGAAGCCAACGGCCUUUUCGAGGAACUUGAAGAAUGUUUCUCUCUUAAUCAGUUUUACUUUAUGCCACUGAGAAGAUACUGCCAGGUAGGCUCCAUUUUCUGCACCAAUCUCAUGGAUGUCUACAGAAAUAAGACAGUUCAGGGAAAUACGUGUACUGUUUUGCUUCACUAAGUAGGAGAGGCAAAGCUGAAUAUUAGGAAAAAAAAGAUGCCGCUUUUUUUUUUCAGAAGUUCACUGCAGUAAUGAAUGUAUUCCUGUGGUACCAUUGUUUUCAUUAGAUGGACUCUUCUCUGCUCCAGUAUGGCUGGUUCCUGCUAUUUUUGGGUCAACAAAAAAAAAUGUAGUAAUAUAAAUGCAGUUUAAAAAUUAUGUUCUGAUGUAGUUAAAGAGAUGGAGUUAGGGCUAAAAUUAGUGUUAGGUUAGCCUGGUUUUCUGAAGUACUGACUUCAGUUUGAUUUAUGUAUGCAGCUCAGCUAAGUCUAGGGUUUUAUGUCUAUAGUCAGAUUGUCCUGUAUUAAUUUUCAACAUGAUUUCCUUAAAAGAAUGAUACACAAACUGACCCCAAAAUAAAAUGACAUAUAACUAAAGCACUGGCAGAAUGCACCAUACACCUAAGGACAAAUUGUUGCAUUCGUCAAAUGUGGUACUUGGAAGCUCAUUUUUACGAGAUGGUAGGUUUAGCUGGCUUGUUACAUUAACAUGUUGCUUGUAUCAUGAGUUACAGAGCCCACUUUACAGAGUGGAUAGAAGGAGCACAGUUUCCAUGUUAAUUGAGUACACCAAGUUAAGAGCCUCAGGUCUUCCCAUGCCCUGCAGAACCUUGUGAGUUUAUGUGACACACAACCUGCCAGGCCUGCCACAACAUCACUUCCAUGGCUUGUGUGACACUGCAUCUUUGAUACACCAAAGCACCCAACUCUGUCACCAGUCCACGUCCUUCACCUCUCUCAUAAACACCUUGGCCAGUUUCUCCUGAUUUCUACUCUGGAAUUAUCUGUUCCCUCCUCUGUACAGGCUGUAUUUUGAAACAACAAAACCCUCUGGCAGAGCUGAGUAUAAAACAACAAUGGAGGGAUGAUGUGGUAUUGCUCUCUCACAGGAAAUUUUGCCUUUCUUGCAUCUCUUCUCCCUCCCACUGUGAUGCUUAGAGCUCACUAUUACUAUUAUGCUAGUACCAUUCUCUGUUUUAAUUGUGUAAUAUAGACAGUAAGCUCCAUAGGGUGAGGGCCUGGUCUUUGUCCUUGUCUGUAUGACACCACAUUGCACAUCAGCAAUGCUAUCUAAAUAAUGGUUACUGAUAACAAAAUUCAAGUGCCAUUUUUCCUAAAACUCUCAACUAUAACUCACUGAUUAGACGUUAUCCCUGCUUCUCUGAAGACAAAGAUGACUCUUUCUGACAGCCAGGAUGAGGGUAAAUGAUAGCUACUUAUUGUCAGGUGAAUGGAGUCUCAAAAUCAGGUGAUUGAACAAUAACAGGGGUAGGAAAAUAAGAGAAAGAACGUAUUUUACUUGUGAGGGUUCUUUUUUUGCUGAGGGGUUGUUUUUUUUUGUGUUUUUUUUAGUAAACUCAGAUUACACUUUUGAAGACAUAAAGAAACAUGGUCUUGUUUGUGUUUCAGGCAUUCAGAGAUUCUAUAAGGCUUCUAAUUCACUUCAAGGUUUUAAGUUUCAAUGGAUCAAAGUGGAAGUGUGCAAUACCUUCUGACACUGAGUUUACUUUUUACCAAAGGCUGGUUCCCUUGGAAAAAUCUCCGGCUUCCUACUAUGCCUGGCUGCUGUUUUCUGCAGUACUGUAGGGGGCAUCUUACACUGUAAAAGAUGAGCAUUAUAUGAUACAGUAAUUGGUUUAAUUUUGCACUGUACAGCACAGCCUACAGUUUAGGUAGCAUUUUGAUUUAAACAGUGAUCUAGGUCUGUUGCACAAAUAAAUUAUUCAAGACCAAGGGGCAGAAUAUGGUUCUGUAACGAGCCUGAGCCAAACCAUCCUAAUAGCAAGUUUUGAUCCUUCUGGGAAAGGGUUACGUGGGUUCUGCUGACUCACUGAGGUAGGUGGCUUAUUAGUUCACUUGUGUAAAAGGGAGAUAAAAAUUGUUUGCUGGGGAGAGUCCAUCUAAGAUGCUGGCUGAGCAGUCAUGAGGCAGAAGCCUUAGAAAUAGCUGAACUUUAUUUUCUUAUUGCUUAUAUCUUUGUUAAUAAAGCCAAACCCCAAAGCAGUAAGGGGAUGGGGAUCAUUUUGGACUCCAUGCAGUCUGUUGUAUGGCCUGUGCUUGAAAGCGAGAUGGGUAACUCACAGGUAUAGAUUACAUGAAACAGUGACAUAAAGACCUUGCAUGGUGAAAAUAUUAAAGCAUUCAGUCAUAAGACCAAUAACCAGGAGAGACAGAAAUUGAGAGGCUGAAGGCAGGCUACAAAUUCAGGUUUUAAGAUGAGAAUUUAGAAGGAGGUAGGGAAUCGGUGAAAGGGGAGAGGUCUGCACAGAUUGUUUCAGGUGACCAGAGCUGCAGAGUGAAUGUUUUUUCAGCAAUGAUGCUGGUCUUACACUAGAUUAAAAGAGUAGGUAAGUAUUUACAAAGGAUUUUUCAGCAAAAAUGCGCUGGGACCUUUAUUUUUGCUCAGCCUCAGUUUGCUCCUAUAAGCAGGAGGGUUUUUGUUGGCAUUGUAUAGCAGAAGGUGAAAGUGCAAGGAGCAUCCAUACGGUCAGUUAAGAAUAUGAACACAGGAACAUCAGAAAGGCUGUGUGGGGUCAGACCAAAGGUCCAUCUGGCUCAAUAUCCUGUCUCUGACAGAGAACAACGGUAAAAACCUAAGGAAGAAUAUAAAGUGAUAUUACCCCAGCAUGAUCUUCCAGUUUCUAAUAAUUUGCAACUCAAGGACUUCCUGAGCCAGAUGUGAUAUUUCUUUAUUUAAUAGCCCUUGAUAGAUUUUCCUUCUGUGGAGGUGCCUAGUAAUUUUUGAGUUAUAGCCAUUAUAGCCUUGUACCUGCUAGCCUUGGUGAUCUCUUGUGGCAAGAAGUCCCACAACUUACUGAAUGCUGUGUCAUCUCGUUUUUGUCUGUUCUGAACCCACUGCCCACUAGCCUCCUAGAGAUAAUCUCUAGGUAGUAUGUACGUGCCCCACUAGAUUUCACCCCCUUCUAUUGUUAUGUCCCAUCCUUAGCUCUCAGUUUCUCAGCCCAAAUUACUUAUUCAUUAUUUGGGGGCUGCUCCAUGUCUCCGAUUAUUCUGACUGUUCUUCUCUGAACCCUUUCCAGUUCUGCUUUGUCACAUUUGAGGCAAGGGACCAGAUCCUCACAUAGUAUCCAGUAUAUAUUUAUUACAUACACAAAAUAUGGUUGCUGGAUGGCAAUGGUCAGCUCUGAGAUCAUAAUUUCAUAAGUUAAAUUUUCUUAUUUGUAAUGCUUUACAUUUAUUAGCCUUGGAUGUCAUCUGCCAUUUUAGCGCUCAGUCUCAUCAAGUCCUUCUGCGUUUUUUCACAGCCAGCCUCUCAUUUCUACUACUCCGUUUCCUUAAGGUCCUUUGAACAAUGUAGAAACUCAGCAUAUGUGGAAGGAUACAUGAGAGAGAAACCCAUUUGAAGUUGGUCUGUGUGAAGUAAGGAAUAACAAAGUGAUGAAAGUAAGGAGUAAGAAAGUGAUGAAAGCUGGACAGCUAGGAGGUGAGUGUUCAAAAAGAGCUCUGAAGACAACAGGCAAAUGAAGAAGGGGACCUGCACUAGAUGGAGACAGUAAGAUAUAUAUGUAAGCUGAGGAGGCUAAUGUAAAAUAUUGAUUUCUUUAGAUGUAUAAAAAUCUGGGGAAAGGUUAUGGGGCAGCUGCUGUGGGAAGGAAGAAGAUGGUGGGAUUUACAGAAAUUACAAGUUGGUAAGAAAUGUGAAGGGGACUGGGAGAAAUGGAAAUGGUACUCAUCAUAGUAGGAGAGAGAUGAUAAAAUGACAUAUGUGCUAGACAUCUGUACUAGACUUGGAAUUCAAUGUGCAGAAGCAAGUUUGGAAGGAAGCAGAAAUAUGCCAGAAGUAAGUUAUUCCUAGUGUUAACAGCUGCAUUCUUCGUCAUAAUGCUGAUAGGUGUGAGGCCAUGGCCCAUUCCCCCAUUUAGGAUUUUCAGAGCAAUGUGAUUUAUUGCAUGCAGCACUAGUUUAGACUGGAUAAUUUUAAAAGGAGUUUAGCACCAUUUUCCUUCUCUCACAGCUCUUUGAGAAAUGCUUACACGUUAGCUGUACUGGAGAACUAGGUGAAUUAUGAGACAAGAAGUUUUGCUUGGGGAUGGUUAUGUCACAUUACCUGCCUUUCCUUAAAGGAUUCAGCUAGAAUACAUUCAAUAAAGACAUUAUAACAUGAAAACACAGUAUCCAUGGCCUUCGUAAAUUUACAGACAGUCCAACAUUAAUGCAGAAAGAAUGUGAUUAAUAUAGUCUAGGGCUUGGAAACAGACACUGUGUAUUCAUGUACUCCAGCAAAAUCUCUCUGUGGGCUACCUACCCAUUCUCUGGAAUUUCACCUGUCAUCUAGAAAAACGAAAGCGGGUUAAAUCUGUGGCUGUUCUAAUUGUGAAGAAAACUUUCAAAAUUGGAACUAUAUGUAACAAAUAAACAAUUCUCUAGAGAGGUGGAAGCAUAGCUCUAAAUGGUAUGUGCAUUAUCCCAGUUGCCUCAGCAAGGUGCUAAUUUGCUUGCCCAGGAGUAAUAAUUUAAAUGCUAGUAAUAUUUGUUACAUUGUUCUUCAUGUAAAAAAUGGAGAGAGGUUGUGUAUUUAGGUUGUGUAUUACCAAUACCAGCAUAAUCCACUUAAAUGAACACUCUGCCAUUUUGGCUACUCCUAGGAACAGAAAUUUUUUGGACAUGAAAGAAUCCUCCCUUUUUUUUUUUUUUUCCAGACUGCUUUUGGUUCUUUGGUACAUUUCAACAUAUUAAGGAGCUGAUUUCAUGUUGCUUCCAUCUCUAUCCCCCUGUUACAACCAUUCAGCAGCUUCUGAGCUUGGAGUUUUCCUGUGACUGCUGUUCCCAUGCCACAGGGUGCACACACAAAUAAAAAGCGGAAAUAUUUGUGACUUCUAAAAGCAGGCAACAGUAUGAAUUCAGAUCUUCCCAAGACCAACAGGUUAAAGUAAAUGUUGGGAUGUCUGUGCCAAGUUAUCUUGGUGUGGUGACAUGAAAACUGUCUGAGAGAGCAGGAGAAAGGACAUCCUGUCUGUGCUUUGAACCUUCCACUCUGAAUUGCAUUUUGAAGAUUUUUAUUUAUGUGUAUCAUUAAAAUAGACAAAUUUAAUCCUUACACGAGAGUGUAGCUGCUUCCAUAUAUGAUUCAUACAUGCAGGCAGGCUGGUUUACUUCAGAUAUGUAUGCCCUGGAUGACACAAAUGUACAAUGGAAAACUAGCUUCACUGUUAACUAUGGAGAGAAUAAAACUUCCACAUAAUCAAUCAAUCAA